AAAAUUUCCCAUCAGUACUGGUGGAAUAAAGGUGAAAGAGAUAAAACUGUUUUCCUCAGUUUUGAAGGAGCAUAUCAUGGAGACACAUUUGGAGCAAUGAGUGUAGGAGUCACGUCUGGAUUUCAUGAUCUGUUCUCCAGAUUAUUCUUUUCUGUUCUUACGAUACCUUUUCCGGAAACUUGGAUUGGUGAUGAUCAAGUGGAAAAUAAAGAAAUACAUGCACUUCGGAUUUUAGAGCGUCACUUGCAAGCUGAUGCUCAUAAAAUUGCUGCACUAAUUUUGGAGCCAUUGGUUCAAGGGGCAAGUGGUAUGAGGAUGUGUCGUCCAGAAUUUGUUUCCAGAGCUGUUAAUCUCACGCGCCAGUAUGGCAUUUUGAUUAUAUUCGAUGAAAUCAAGUCAGGAUUCGGUCGUACAGGAUCUUGUUUUGCUUUGGAGCAGGUGAACUUUGUUCCUGAUUUUCUUUGUAUAUCCAAAGGAUUGACGGGAGGAUUCUUACCAUUAGCAGUUACCGCCACUACUGACCGGAUCUAUGAUGCAUUUCUAAGUGAACACUUUACUAAAGCGUUUGCUCAUGGCCACUCCUAUACUGCUAAUCCUCUAGGCUGUGCUGCAGGGAUUGCAUCUCUGGAGUUGUUGACGCAACCUGGCAUAAUGGCUAAGUUAAACAGAAUUCACAUGACUCAUAAAACAGAGCUGGAAAAACUCUCCAUAGCUUUUAUUGAUAUUCAUCAUAUACGAGUCACUGGAACGAUUGCUGCCUUUGAUACUCCCUAUGCUCAGGUACUCAAGCCAAAAUUUUUAGAGAAAGGACUUUUACUCAGACCUUUGGGAAAUACGAUUUACUUUCUUCCGCCAUACCGUAUCAGUGACUUAGAACUUGAAGAAGCUUACAAAACUAUAGGUAGCAGAAAUUAUCAAAUCUUUAUGAGGUACCUUCAGUCAAGGAUGUGAAUUGAAAUAUGAUUAAUCUGGAAUGGGAAUAUUUACUUACUUCCUUGACUCUAGCCUGGAACCUAGAAGUAACCCUGAACUUUUUUAGUUCCAUUAAUUUUCGUGAGUAACUGUGUACAUGCGUGGGUGUAAGUUGAAUGAAUGUUCACUUUACUGGUUGCACUUAUAAUUCUUUAUUGUACUUUUUAAGUGCUAAAAGCAUAUUUUAAAUUUUCAACGAGUCACAAAGCUAUAGAUACAGAGUGAAAAUUAACAUACAUUUUUAAUAUUAUGUACUUGUUAAUUGACUCAUUCUUAUUGCUGAGACGAUGGUGGAUGUAUUUUAUUCAUCAAAUACAGAAAAUAAAUUUCUUUAAGAUACGGAA